GCCCUGCAGCCGCGGGAUUCAAACUCCCGGAAGCGGCAUCCGCGCCUAAUGGUGUGACUCGGCCGACGCGAGCGCCGCGCUUCGCUUCAGCUGCUAGCUGGCCCAAGGGAGGCGACCGCGGAGGGUGGCGAAGGGCGGCCAGGACCCGCAGCCCCGGGGCCGGGCCGGGCCGGGCCGGGCCGGACCGCCAGGGAGGGCAGGUCAGUGGGCAGAUCGCGUCCGCGGGAUUCAAUCUCUGCCCGCUCUGAUAACAGUCCUUUUCCCUGGCACUCACUUCGUGCCUGGCACCCGGCUGGGCGCCUCAAGACCGUUGUCUCUUCGAUCGCUCCUUUGGACUUGGCGACCAUUUCAAAGAUGUCUUCCAGAAGUACCAAAGAUUUAAUUAAAAGUAAGUGGGGAUCGAAGCCUAGUAACUCCAAAUCUGAAACUACAUUAGAAAAAUUAAAGGGAGAAAUUGCACACUUAAAGACAUCGGUGGAUGAAAUCACAAGUGGGAAAGGAAAGCUGACUGAUAAAGAGAGACACAGACUUUUGGAGAAAAUUCGAGUCCUCGAGGCUGAGAAGGAGAAGAAUGCUUAUCAACUCACAGAAAAGGACAAAGAGAUACAGCGACUCAGAGACCAACUGAAGGCCAGAUAUAGUACUACCACAUUGCUUGAACAGCUGGAAGAGACAAUCAAAGAAGGUGAAAGGAGGGAGCAGGUGUUGAAAGCCUUAUCUGAAGAGAAAGAUGUAUUGAAACAACAGUUGUCUGCUGCAACCUCACGAAUUGCUGAACUUGAAAGCAAAACCAAUACACUCCGUUUAUCACAGACUGUGGCUCCAAACUGCUUCAACUCAUCAAUAAAUAAUAUUCAUGAAAUGGAAAUACAGCUGAAAGAUGCUCUGGAGAAAAAUCAGCAGUGGCUCGUGUAUGAUCAACAGCGGGAAGUCUAUGUAAAAGGACUUUUAGCAAAGAUCUUUGAGUUGGAAAAGAAAACGGAAACAGCUGCUCAUUCACUCCCACAGCAGACAAAAAAGCCUGAAUCAGAAGGUUAUCUUCAAGAAGAGGAGCAGAAAUGUUACAACGAUCUCUUGGCAAGUGCAAAAAAAGAUCUUGAGGUUGAACGACAAACCAUAACUCAGCUGAGUUUUGAACUGAGUGAAUUUCGAAGAAAAUAUGAAGAAACCCAAAAAGAAGUUCACAAUUUAAAUCAGCUGUUGUAUUCACAAAGAAAGGCAGAUAUGCAACAUCUGGAAGAUGAUAGGCAUAAAACGGAGAAGAUACAAAGACUCAGGGAAGAGAAUGAUAUUGCUAGGGGAAAACUUGAAGAAGAGAAGAAGAGAUCCGAAGAGCUCUUAUCUCAGGUCCAGUUUCUUUACACAUCUCUGCUAAAGCAGCAAGAAGAACAAACAAGGGUAGCUCUGUUGGAACAACAGAUGCAGGCAUGUACUUUAGACUUUGAAAAUGAAAAACUCGACCGUCAACAUAUGCAGCAUCAAUUGCAUAUAAUUCUUAAGGAGCUCCGAAAAGCAAGAAAUCAAAUAACACAGUUGGAAUCCUUGAAACAGCUUCAUGAGUUUGCCAUCACAGAGCCAUUAGUCACUUUCCAAGGAGAAACUGAAAACAGAGAAAAAGUUGCCGCCUCACCAAAAAGUCCCACUGCUGCACUCAAUGAAAGCCUGGUGGAAUGUCCCAAGUGCAAUAUACAGUAUCCAGCCACUGAACAUCGCGAUCUGCUUGUCCAUGUGGAAUACUGUUCAAAGUAGCAAAAUAAGUAUUUGUUUUGAUAUUAAAAGAUUCAAUACUGUAUUUCCUGUUAGCUUGUGGGCAUUUUGAAUUAUAUAUUUCACAUUUUGCAUAAAACUGCCUAUCUACCUUUGACCCUCUGGCUUGCUAGUGAAUCAUGUAUCUUUUAGGCUGCUGUGCAUUUCUCUUGGCAGUGAUACCUCCCUGACAUGGUUCAUCAUCAGGCUGCAAUGACAGAAUGUGGUGAGCAGCGUCUACUGAGACUACUAACACUUUGCACUGUUAAAAUACUUGGUGAGGAAAAGAUAGCUCAGGUUAUUGCUAAUGGGUUAAUGCACCAGCAAGCAAAAUAUUUUAUGUUUUGUGGGUUUUGAAAAAUCAAAGAUAAUUAACCAAGGAUCUUAACUGUGUUUGCAUUUUUUAUCCAAGUACUUAGAAAACCUACAAUCCUAAUUUUGAUGUCCAUUGUUAAGAGGUGGUGAUAGAUACUAUUUUUUUUUCAUAUUGUAGAGCAGUUAUUAGAAAAGUUGGGGAUUUUCUUGAUCUUUAUUGCUGCUUACCAUUGAAACUAAACCCAGCUGUGUUCCCCAACUCUGUUCUGCGCACAAACAGGAUCUCUUUGAGGUGUAAUCUUAAGUGGCCACACACAAUGUUUUCUCUUAUAUUAUCUGGCACUAACUGUAACUUGAAUUACAUUAGCACAUGCUGGUUAGCUAAAAUUGUUAAAAUAAAUUUUAAUAAACCCAUCUAGCCCUCUCAUUUGAUUUACAGUAUUUUAUUUAUUUUUGGCAUUCUUAAAGCUGGGCAAUGUAAUUAUCAGAUCUUUGUUUGUCUGAACAGAUAUUUUUACACAUGCUUUUUGUAAACCAAAAACUUUUAAAUUUCUUCAGGUUUUCUAACAUGCUUACCACUGGGCUACUGUAAAUGAGAAAAGAAUAAAAUUAUUUAAUGUUUUAAUAUGUCUAGUAUAUUCAUAUAUAUAUAGAUAUUCUAAGAUUCUUUCUCUUUUAAAAAAACAAAUGUAUUGGACAUAAUCAAAAUUCAAAAUUUUCACAAUAAAAAAUUUAAGACUUAUAAUUCAAAGCACAUUAUCAAAAAAGUGAAAAUACAACCAAUAGAAAGAGAAAAAAUAUUUUCAAACCAGGUAUCUGAUAAGGGUCUAGUAUCCAGAAUAUAUAAAGCACCAUUACAACUCAAUAAAUAGAUAUUCUAAGAUUCUUACCCCCAAGGACUUAUCAGGGGUUACAGAUUAACACUCAGUGUAAGAUGAUAAGGCAGUUAAGGAUACAUCAGAACCGAAAACUAUGUGAAGGAGUUAGAAGGAGUAGAUGCUUUCAGACAUCUUUCUUAAAUAAAUAACAACUCUUUAUCAAUAAAUAUGAAUUUGAGUUAUUUGUUACAGAGGCAAAACAAUAAGCAUGCCAAAUUAUAUAGGGUUUUUUUUUCUAACCAUAGAAAUUAUACAGAUCUGUUUAUGGAAAUAAAAUUUUGCCAUUACUGUUAAUCCCAGGCUCACAAGAUCUUCAACUACAGUUGAACAAAAGAUAUGGAAAUAUUCAGCCGCAUAGUUGUUAUUCUGACCCACAAUGUUAUAGCAAAGACCAUAGUAUUAAAUCAUAAAUAUAUGCCAUAAGGAAGUUUCUCCCCUUACAACUUUAAAGCAAGCCAGUAUUACCUCUAGUUUAUAGAUGUGCAACAUGUCUUGGUCAUCCAGUGAGCAGCGGAGUCAAGCAGAACCCAGGCCUUUGGUCCGUGCCUGUAUGGAACAAGAGAUGCGGUCUCAUGGGAUAACUGGCCAGGACAUAAACCAUAACAGAAGCGCCAGCCUGACGACCUCUGAAGUUUGAUUCCUGGAGCCACAGGGUGAUCUGGAGUUUGUUUCAAGACUCUUGUUGUACUUUCUGUGUUUCACUGGAGGGCUGUACUUAGCUUUCCCUGCUCACUUUAGCCACCUACAUCUGGGCACCAAUAUCAAAAAAUACUUUGGAAAAAUUGGGCAGGCCUCUUGUGGAGCUCUGCUACUGUAGAGGGGGAAUUUAUAUAUUUCCGAAUAGUAGAUGAUUUAGAGCAGGAAGGAUUCUACUUUCCCAGAUCAUGUUACCAAAGCAAGGGUCAAUAAAAGACAUCUCCAAGACCUGAAAAUCUUCAAGGUUCUCAUAAUUAAAGACUUUUUUUCCCCCUUCACUGUCCACCUUUUUUCUUGGCAGAUAACCACUUACCCUUAGGGCAUGUUUUGUUCUGUGGGACUAUAAACUACCAGAAACCAUGCUAGAUACUUUAUCUACUUAUACUCAUUAGCUCUUCCCUGCAAAUCUGUGAAGUAAAGUGCUAGCACCAGCACCAUUUUUCAGAUGAGAAAACUAAGGCUUGCAGAGAGUGAACAAUUUGCCCAAGGUCACCACUGAUAAGUAGUAAAGAAAGGAUAUAAACUCAGCUCAGUGUGUUCAUCUCUCUCCAUUGUACAGUUACAUUCCCAACCAACAUGCUGGGGCUGCCGUGCCAGGAUUACUCCACUCUGUUGCUUUUUAUUAAAAAAUUAUGUUACAUAUUUUAUUAAACAAUUAUUUUACAUAAAAUAAAAUGUACAGAUCAAUGAGUUUUGACAGAUUAUAUAUAUAUCAUUGUAAUCAUCAGCCAAAUAAAGUUA